UCGAUCCGAAACGUUCCCCACCCCCCACCCCCGUUUCCGGCCGUCCGAUGGCCACCGGUGUGUGAUACAUCGAUGCGUUGCUAUAGCGAUCGGUGUCGUUGCGGUAAAAUUUGCAACGACGGCGCACGGAUAACGCGUGGUGGACGUGCACGUUCCACACCGAUUGAAAUAUCUUUUGAGGAGAGUUUUCUCGUCCCCGUCGGAGUUUUCGUAAAUCGGAAUUCUGAAUUUCGAGACUUAAUGGCGACGGCGGCACGGACGAUUAAGGAUCGAGUGAUCCCCGCUAUGGAUACUCUGGUCAAAUACGAUAAUCCGGUGUUGGUUACCACUCGUCCGGAAAAGGUAACGAAAGAACAGGCACCGAGGAUUGGUGCUGCGGUUUGUAAAGUCGAGACUACUGUCCCUACGCUCGACGCGAGACACGAAACUUCCGAGAUUUUAAACAGGAUUCUACCGCCUAAACAAUGGGAAGAGGACGGUCAGUUGUGGACUCAACGGGUGAGAUUUGUUAUUUUUCUGUUUGCCUUUGACUGGCGCGGCGCGAUUGCUCGCCUGAUUUCGUUGUUGUUUCGCGCGUUCGUGUCUGGUACCGUGAUUUCCGUGUCGCCACCGCUGCCGCAGGUGUCGAGUACUCCGGCCACGAGGCUGGACGUGAUCAAUCUGCAGGAACAACUGGACAUGAGAUUGCAACAGAGACAGGCGAGGGAGACUGGUAUCUGUCCGGUACGCAGGGAACUUUACACGCAAUGCUUCGACGAAGUGAUACGACAAGUAACGGUCAACUGCGCGGAACGUGGAUUGCUUUUACUCAGAAUUCGGGACGAGCUGAAAAUGACGUUGGCUGCGUAUCAGACUUUGUAUCAAAGCAGCAUAGCUUUCGGUAUGCGCAAAGCUCUUCAGGUACGUCGUCUACCGAGCUGUACGCUCUGUAUUUUUUUAUCCGAUCGGUCUCUCGAGUACGAUGAUUGUCGCGGUGAUUCGCGAAACGACGAGAGAUACGUAUACGUUGAGGAAUCGGUGACUGCUGCGUUUGCUUUAACGAGAUUCUCGUUGUUCUGGUUGAUCGUCGUCGUCGUCGGGAAGGCUGAGCAAGGGAAGGAGGACUUGGUCGCGGCUGCGGACGAAUUACAAUUGCAAAAAGCUGAGUUGGAAAAGACGGUCGUCGAAUUGAAACAGAAAUUUGAACAGGCUGAGAAACGGGCGGCCGAAUUGAGGGAGGCGGAAGAGAAGAAGCAUAUGGAAGAGAUCCAAUUCUUGAAGAAAACGAAUCAGCAGUUGAAAACGCAAUUGGAGGGAAUCAUCGCGCCGAAGAGAUAAAUUGCACGUGUAUCGGAUGUCUGCUCGACCGACGUGUGCCGACUCUACGAUCGAUUUCAUUUUAUAUGACUGUGCACUAUUGAAUCGCAUCCAUUCGCUUCGAUAUAAAUCGAGUUUAAUAAAUAUAUGUAUAGUUUAUAAAAUAGCUAUAGUCAUAUAUAGGACCAUUCUUGUUGCGACGAUAGAUAAAAAUACUAUUUCGACGUUACAUCCCGAGGCAUGUCUCGGCAUCUAUUAUUAACUUAUGAAAAAGUAAGAAAUACAAACGGUCGUGUAAGGUA